AUGCGCAUGCCCAGCUUUAUCAAGGGCCGUAGCGUCAGCCCAAAGACACCAAGCCCACCCACCAGCCCGGAUCGCUCCAUCACGAGUGUGACGCCUUCCACCACAACCCCGGACAUCUCGCUCAAAAGUCUCAGCAGCAGCAGUAGCGGCACCACCUCCCUCGAGCUGAUGCUCCACGACCUGCGCGAUCGCGAUAUCCGCGCUGCCGAGGUCCGCAACCAGAUCGAGCUGGCAGACACCAAGAUCGCCAUGGUCCAGACACAGAUCGCGCUCGCCAACACCAAACUGGCCUAUCUUGGCCUUGUGCUCAGGCGACUGGAACCACACAUUGUCAAGCACUUUGAGGACCACGAGUCUGACGAAGAGCUGCUGAGCGGCGCCCUCGACUCGCUUGCCGAUGACCUGGGCACGUGCGAGGACGAGCUAUAUGAGAUUCACCUGUAUGAUGUCGAGGACGCUGCUGCCCCGCUUUAG